CAUUUCACCUUUCUUUUCCACUUCUCCCAAUUGAAACUGAAACUGAAACUGAAACCACCCACACAAGAUGAAGAGGCAGAGAGGUGUGAAGGCCAAUGGUGCUGUCCACCCCUGCAUCCCAAUGGAGAAUCCUCCUCCUCCCCCUCUUCUUUCCAAGGUUGAAGAAGUGGCUGCAGCAAUGGGGAUGAAGAAACCAAAGAAAGAGGCUGAGCAGAAGGAGGUGAAGACGGUGGUGGCGGUGGAGGAAGAGGAGAAGAAGGAAAACAUCAUUGACUUUGCUGGUGCAGGGUUGUUGCUGGAGGACAAUGGUGCUGUGAUCAAUGGUUGGAACAAUUGGGAGGAGAACAUGCCUUUGUUUGGAGGUGUGGUUGAUGAGACAAUGCCAUGGGGCUACACUGGGUUUCCAGGGUGGGACAUGGAUUUGACCGAAAACUACAGUGAUGUUGUUUGGGAUGAUGAUAUCUGGAAUCUCAAGAACCAAAUUCCAAAUCCAAUUUUGGAUAUGUAGAAACAGGGUUAAUUGGGGGGUAGAGGUACAGGGUAGACUUUUAAUAUCUAGUUCUGAAAUUAACCAUCAUAUGCUUAAAUCUUAAUCAUCUUCAUGUUUCUUUUACCUGGGAAUUAAUGGAUCUGAACUAUUAUCUUGUUGUUUGUA